AUUUUACUUGUUUCCCCCUUAAACUUUUUUUAAAAAUGUGAGUUGUUGAGCACUGGAGGAAUUUGAAUGACAACAAUAAUCAUCCAAAAUAUAAUAUUUAAAGUCACUUGGGGCUAUGACUAUAUCGUUGAGUGGUAGGAUACUUGCCAGUCGUGUGCAAGGCUCUGGGCUCAACCCCUAGUACAUAAAUAAAAUAAAAGUCACGGUUUUUACCAACUUUUAGUUGGAAGAAAUGUUCUAGUCUUGAACUUUGUUAGAGUGAUAUAAAUUGUGUUUUGGAAAUUUGGGUGGUUUAACAAUAAGAAAAUACUAAUAUUUGGUUACUCUGACAUUGUGCUUUGCCUCCUCUGCCAUUGUUGAAGUAAGUAUAACAUUGCAAAUUGAGAAAUUGCUCAAAAUUUAUAAUAUGACAAAUAGCUUUAACAGUAACUGAUACACAUAAAGCAUCAGUUUAUAUCAAAAUACAUAUUCUUGCCAAAUUCCAGAUAAAAACAGAACCUAAAGUGUUUAUUAUAGUGUCCAACAUAAUGUUAAUUUGUAAGCCAGUUCAUUAGCUUCCUCUAAAAUUACUAUAUACUGUGUACUUUAAAGAUUCAUUUGUAUUUUUUUAAUGAAAAUUUCAUUGUUAAUGUAGGAACUUAGCUAGUAUAUUAAGUGCUAGGAACUUCUUAGUAGUUUGAUUUAUUACUAGGGUUAUAUGGUAUUUGUGGAGUCAUAGAUAAUGAUGUACAAAGCAUCAUUAUCAAACUUGAAGAAUUAUAGGUUGGUGGUAAAAACUAAGAAAGGCAAAAGCAAAAGAACAACUUGGAUGAAUCAGUGACAUGAGAUGGUAGACUGUCACCAUCGUCACAGGCCUCUUUCACAGUCCUGAAGUAGGAACCUCUUGUGGCCUCCACUCUCUUCCUUCUUCCUUUUUUUUUCUAAAGAGACUGUAUGUAGCUCAGAUUAUUCUUGCCUCAUCCUCCCUAGGGCUAGGAUCUUUUACAGGCAUGAACUACCAUUACUGGCCUUCCAUUUUCAUGGAUAGUUUUACCAAAAAUGGUUAAAUUCUUAAGAUAAUUUUCAUUGCAGCUUAUGAUGCAAAUUGUGGAAAAUUCAGAUCUCUAAGUUGUUACUUUAAAUGUCUACCAGUAUAAGUAGUAAUGCUAAAAUAGAAACAUUCCCUGUAAAUCUUAUACUUUGUCACUGUCGUGAAUAUUUAUUUGGGGCUAAAUGUCUAUGGGACCAGAUGGGCAAGAAACUCCUUCAAUAGUAUGUAUUUUCACUGAGUAACUUACCUAUUUUGAUUUCUUAGAAGCAUUUAUUCCUCUUUUGAAAUUGUCCUGUAGAAUGUCCUGUGAUAAUGUGCUUCAUUUAGAGAAUACUAUAUGCUCCUUCCAGUGAAGUGUUUUCACAAAGUAGUCCCCCUUAUUUUUCCCACAGUUAAGUUCCUUGUACCAUUAAAUGCCAUUUCUCUAUGUCUUUUUGGGUAAUUAUAUUUGUACUCUAUCCCAGUUUGGACUGGUUGAAUUCUAUUUGAGCAAUGUGUUAGGCUAAAAAAAACGGGGCAUCAGGCUUGGAGAUCUCAUCUUGGAUCCAGACUGAUACCACCUUUUUCCAAGGUUUGCUUUUUCUUUGGUCUGGUGCCUAUCCUUCCAGCCAAAUAUUGAUUCCUUAAUUAAUCCCUAGGGAUUCCACCUGCCCCCUCCCUCCAUGAAGCUGUAAAGUGAGAGCAGAAAUGCUACCUUGAGAGACAUCCAGGAAAUAGUGGGUUUCAUCUUUCCUCAGCUUGCCUGGCUAUGGUGAGUUGGGGAGUGUUGACAGAGUCUUGAACUCUCCUGGCAGAGAGUAAAGGUCAGAAAGAGAACUCAAGCAGGUGUUUGGGUCCUGACUUGCCUCGUUAGGGAGAAUUCAGGCUUGUCUGUCUGGUUGGCAGGGCACUCAGGUUACUCAGACCCAGCACUUCAGCAGUUUGCAGAGCUGAGAUGAAGUAGCAGCUGCAAGUGAGACCCAACCUAGAUCUGAAGGGAUCAAGACUUCACUUCACUUGGAGGAAAGAGAAGGAAGCAAGCCUAGGGCUUAGUGGGGCCUCAGAGACAUGAAUGUGAAGUAAGAGACCAGGCAUCUGCAAACGUGUUCAUUUUGUCAAAUUCCAUUCCUGUUCAGCAUCUGGCCCCCAAGUUCAUUGGACAUGGCUCCACGCUCACGGCGGCGGAAGCACAGGAAACCCCCACCAGUGACUCCCAUGGUUGUAAUCCCACCCACAGGAGUGUCACUGGAGCCUCCAACCCUCUCAAAGCCUGACCCUAGCAUUGAUGCUCUUGGCUUCAUUUCCUUGGACAAUAAUGUACCAGGUCUGUCCCAGUUGGUCCUUCAAAAGCUGAACCUGAAGAGCUAUGAAGAAUACAAGUUGGUGGUAGAUGGGGGAACCCCAGUAUCAAGCUUCGGAUUUCAAUCUCUGCAAGAAAUGUUCCAGAGGAUGGAGGACACCUUCCGCUUCUGUGCUUACUGUAAAGCACUCCCUGAUGACCUUUCAGAUCACAAGGUUCUCCGGCACUGUAAGAGGUGCAGGAAUGUCUAUUACUGUGAUACAGAGUGCCAAAGGUCAGACUGGCCGGCACAUAGGAAGGCCUGUCAGGUGCUCCGUCUUGUGGCUGUGGAUCGUGUCAUGGAAUGGCUUCUGGUCACAGGUGAUUUUGUCCUACCCUCAGGACCUUGGCCAGGGCCAGCAGAAGAUAUACAGGAUUGGGAUACCUGGUUUUCUAUGAGGAGUUUACAGCUAGAGUCUACACUGAAUGCUGUUCUAAGUAGCCAUGCUAUGACCAUGCUUUGGGCCAAUCUAGGAAGGCCACGCCCAGAACCAGAUGUCCUGCACAGUUCUUUGAAGCGGUUAAUGACAGAUGCUCUGUCACGGCCCCUGACCCUGGGCCUAGGGCUUCGGACUCUGGCCAUAGACGUUGGGAAGACUGGGGGAAGCACAUUGCAUGUAGUUGGUGCUUCCCAUGUGGAAACAUCUCUCAUUCGUUCUGGGGAUUAUGAUGAGCUUGGUUACAUGUUUCCUGAGCACCUUGGCCUCCAUGUGAUCAUGGUGGGUGUGGAUGUGAGUACUAACCUUUCACAGAAUUCCUCACCUUUAUUCCUGGAGCCUGGAACAAUUCUGCUUAGUGGCCACAAGGCCCUGUAUCAUGACUUCUGGGAGGAACAGAUAGAGACUGGGAAUCUAGCCCAUCCAGAUUUGGUGGCUGCAUUCCACCCAGGGUUCCAUGCCUCCCCAGUCUUGAUGGAAGCUUGGCUACCUACCCUGCUGCUGCUUCGUGACUAUGAGAUCCCUACACUGAUUACUGUUUACAGCCAGCAGGAAUUGGAAGCGUCUUUGCAGAUCCUGGUGAACUUGGAUACACACAUCAUUGCUUGUGGAGCUAAUCCUUUCACAUCCCUCAAACCUGAACAGGUCUAUUCUAACCCCAAUAAGCAGCCAGUAUACAGCAGUGCCUACUACAUCAUGUUUCUUGGAAGUUCCUCCUGCCAACUAGAUAAGAAACAAUUAGGAGAAAAAGCAGGCCAGGAGGUGGCGGUGCACACCUUUAAUCCCAGCACUCAGGAGGCAGAGGCAGGCAGAUCUCUGUGAGUUCGAAGCCAGCCCCGUCUACAAAGCGAGUUCCAAGACAGGCUCCAAAACAAACCCUGUCUCAAAAACCAAGAAGAAAAAGCAGAUAAUUUUUCAAUAAUUGAACCAAAUUCUAACUGAAUGCCUGAAAAAUGGAAGCUUAAUCAAAUCACCUGUUUGACGUUGAAUUGCUGUCGCUUUGAAACCUACUGAAUGUUACACCUUAGUUACAGUCAAAGUAAAAAUUUUAAACCAA